AUGACGAUCCUCGUCGGAAAGCCCCUGGAUUGGGCCAUCACGGCAACAGCUGGCUCAGGCUUCCUUCUCUUUGGAUAUGAUCAGGGUGUUAUGUCAGGCCUACUAACAGGCACUGCAUUCACAAACACAUUUCCUGAGAUUGACACCACAGACGGCGGCAAUGGCAGUUCUUCUCUACAGGGCACUGUGGUAGCAAUUUAUGAGAUCGGGUGCUUCUUUGGUGCCAUCUUCUGCCUUAUCUUUGGAGAGUACUUUGGUCGUCGCAAGUGUAUCAUGAUGGGCUGUGUUGUUCUCAGCAUUGGAGCUGCACUUCAAGCCUCGGCCUUUGGAAUCCCUCAAAUGAUCGUUGGUCGUAUCGUGGCUGGGCUGGGGAAUGGCAUGAACACCAGUACAAUCCCUGUCUGGCACUCCGAGCUGAUGAAAGCCAACGACCGCGGUCGUGGUCUAGCCAUUGAACUCGCCAUCAACAUCUUCGGCGUGAUGCUCUCAUACUGGGUCGACUACGGUAUGUCCUUCAUCAGCAACGACGCCCAGUUCCGCUUCCCGCUCGCCUUCCAGAUCUUCUUUGCCAUCCUGACCUUCAUCGGGAUUCUCCUCCUUCCCGAGUCUCCUCGUUGGCUCAUCAACCACGACCACCACGACGAGGCCCGAGAGGUUCUUUGGUCUGUGCGGAAGAACGCAAAGUCCAUCACCAAGGACGAUGCGUCUGUUAGCCGUGCUAUUGCGGAGAUUCAACACGCUAUCAAUGAGGAGCGUGAGGCUGCGCAGACGAGUAGCUUCAAGGCUAUGUGGAAAAAUGGAGAGCAGAAGUUCUUGUACCGAACAAUGCUUGGUAUUGGUGGACAGUUUAUGCAGCAGCUUUCUGGUAUCAAUCUGAUCACAUAUUACGCCCCUGUCAUCUUUCAAGAAUCAGUCGGAAUCUCCCACAACUUGAGUCUUCUACUAGCCGGCUUCAACGGUGUCGCAUACUUCUUCUCUUCAUUGAUUCCUAUCUGGAUCAUCGACCGCCUUGGCCGUCGCAAGCUGAUGAUGUUCGCUGCAGCCGGUCAGGCAGUUUGUAUGGCUGUCUUGGCUGGAACUGUGUCAACUGGGCGGCCAGGACCUGGAAUUGUCGCUAUCGUUAUGCUUUUCUUGUUCAACUUUUUCUUUGCUGUUGGAUUGCUGGCAAUUCCUUGGCUAUUGCCCGCCGAGUAUGCCCCCCUUGCCAUCCGAACGCGCGCCGCCGCCCUCGCCACAGCCUCCAACUGGAUCUUCACCUUCCUUGUCGUCGAGAUCACGCCCGUAUCAAUCUCCAGCAUCGGAUGGAAGACAUACGUAUACUUCUGCAUCUUCAACGCCUUCUUCGUCCCUCUCAUCUACUUCUUCUACCCCGAGACCCGGCUCCUGUCUCUCGAGCAGAUCGACAAGCUCUUCACUGGGACCACAGCAUGGGUGUCCCUGGAGAAGCUUCUGAGAAUACCUCGAGUGGCGAGACGGGAAAGAUUGGUCAUGACGAGAAGUCUGAGGCUGAGGUUCAUAUGCGAGAGUAGGAAUGGCUGA